UCUUCAUUGAUGCAUUGGCACAAGCACAACAGGAGUGUUGGCCGCAAACAUGAAACGAAGAAGACAUGGUGGCCCUAAAAUGGCGAUAAAUUACCCACUCUCGCCUCUCAAUCUCCUCCCUCGCUCUAGUAUCGGGCUCUCACCCCACCACAUAAAUCAUCUCAUGCGCGCGCAAAUCAAUCACGCCAUUAUCUUCCGUCGAACUCAAACCCCUCCUUAUAAAAGUCACUCUCUUCACACCACCCUUAUUUCAAAUAUUCAAAACUCUCUCCCUCAUUCACGCCUUCUCUUUCUCUCUCCUCAAACCUAGAACGUGUUCGAUUUCCGCCAUGGACGUGCCAUUGCAGUAUCCAACAGCUCGCAGAGACGAUUCUGUAGUUGAUAACUAUCACGGCGUUGACAUACCAGAUCCUUAUCGAUGGCUUGAAAAUCCAGAUGCCGAAGAAGUUAAAGAGUUUGUUCAGAAGCAGGUGAAUUUGACUGAAUCGUUGCUUAAAACGUGUGACACGAGGGAAAAGCUCCGAGAGAAGAUCACAAAGCUUUAUGAUCAUCCUCGAUAUGGAACUCCAUUCAGGCGAGGGGACAAAUACUUUUACUUCCAUAACACUGGUCUUCAGCCCCAAACAGUGCUCUAUGUGCAGGAUAGUUUGGAUGGAAAAGCAGAGGUGUUACUGGAUCCAAAUGCGCUCAGCGAGGAUGGAACAGUCUCAUUGAAAGAGUAUAAUAUUAGUCAAGAUGCUAAGUAUUUUGCAUACUGUCUUAGUUUUAGUGGCAGUGAUUGGGCCACAAUCAGAGUUAUGCGGGUUGACGACAAGACUGUUGAACCUGACACCCUGUUAUGGGCUAAGUUUACCACCAUUAGCUGGACGCAUGAUAACAAAGGUUUUUUCUACUCUCGCUUUCCAGCUCCCAAGGAGGUUGAAAAUUUUGAUGCUAGGAUGGAAACUAGUACUAACUUAAAUCAUGAGGUGUACUAUCAUUCAAUUGGAACCGAUCAGUCUGAAGAUAUUUUAUGUUGGAAGGAUCCUGACCACCCGAAGAGCUUGUAUUCAGCAACAGUAACGCAAGAUGGGAAGUAUGUUCUUUUGUAUAUUUUGGAGAGUGCUUCAGACAACAAAUUUUAUUAUUGUGACAUGUCUACACUUCCUAAUGGGCUUGAAGGUCACAGGGGGCAAAAGGACCUACUUCCAUUUGUUAAACUUGUUGACAAAUUUGAUGCAACUUAUACUGCUAUAGCAAAUGACGAUACUGUGUUCACUUUUCUGAGUAAUAAGGAUGCUCCUAAAAACAAGUUAAUCCGGGUAGAUGUCAGAGAACCAAGUGCUUGGACAGAUGUUGUCCAAGAAGCCGAAAAGGAUGUGCUUGAAUCGGCUGUCGCUGUUAAUGGUAAUCAAAUUGUUGUCUGUUACUUGAGUGAUGUGAAACAUGUCCUGCAAUUAAGAGACUUGCAAACGGGUUCCUUGCUGCAUCAUUUACCCAUUGACAUUGGUACAGUUUAUUCGAUUUCUGCACGGCGAAAAGAUAGUAUGGUUUUUAUUAAGUUUGUUAGCUUCCUUACUCCUGCCAUUAUUUAUCAGUGCAACUUAGGGACCGAGAUUCCAGAUAUGAAAGUAUUCCGAGAAAUUGUUAUUCCUCAAUUCGACCGCAAAGAUUUUCAUGUUAACCAGGUAUUUUUUCAUAGUAAGGAUGGUACUCGAAUACCUAUGUUUAUAGUGAGUAGAAAAAACAUUCUUCUGGAUGGAUCACACCUGUGCUUGUUAUAUGGAUAUGGUGGAUUUAACGUCAAUAUUACAUCAUCAUUCGACAUUGAUCGUAUUGUACUUGCAAGGCAUUUAGGUGGUAUUUUCUGCAUUGCAAACAUUCGUGGUGGUGGAGAGUAUGGAGAAGAAUGGCAUAAAGCUGGUAUCCUCGCAAAAAAACAGAAUGGCUUUGAUGACUUCAUUUCUGCUGCUGAAUAUCUUGUCUCUGCUGGUUAUACCCAGCCCAGAAAGUUGUGUAUUGAAGGUGGAAGCAACGGCGGGCUUCUUGUUGGGGCUUGCAUCAAUCAAAGACCGGAUCUUUUUGGCUGUGCACUUGCUGAAGUUGGUUGUUUUGACAUGCUUAGAUUCCACAAGUUCACUAUAGGUCGUAUGUGGGCAUGUGACUAUGGCUGUUCAGAUAAGGAGGAGGAGUUCCAUUGGCUAGUCAAGUACUCGCCACUACAUAAUGUCAGUAGGCCAUGGGAAAAAUCUCCUGAUAAGCCUUCUCAGUACCCACCCAUCAUGUUAUUGACUGCUGAUCACGAUGAUCGUGUUGUGCCAUCACACUCACUGAAGUUUUUAGCGACAUUGCAAUAUGUUCUAUGCACAAGCUUGGAGAAAAGCCCCCAAACUAAUCCAAUAAUUGCUCGCAUUGAAUGUAAAGCUGGACAUGGUGAAGGAAUGUCGACUAAGAAAAAGAUCGAUGGAGCUGCAGACCGGUAUAGUUUCAUGGCUAAGAUGGUGGGCGCGUCCUGGAUCAAUUAGAUCAUGUUGAUGCAUAGAAGUAGAUAGUCACCAAGAAGGCUAGCGGAGAAUCAUGCUAUGUCCAGUGACGGACCCAGGAAUUUUUUAGAGGGGGCAUCGUCGAAGAAUAAAAAAGAAAUUGUAGACAAAUUUGAAUUUUUUUUUUUUUUU